UAGGCGAGUUGUAAAUAUACCUCAGACAGAUCCACGUGAAGUGAGAGAAGCAUUCAUACCUGUGCUGUCGUUGCCCGCAGUCCUGCAAGAGCAACAACAGGCAGUGUUGUGUAUAGUCAUCAGGAGAGGAAACCUUCACGCAAGUUGCACAUACCAUUAAGAAGCAACAGUGCCAAUCCCUAAACCAACAUAGAGGUUCCUCUUCGUUUCAUGACAAUUUUGCAAAUUUCACGAAUUGUAAAGGAUUAGACACAACUAGUGCAAAGAUGAGAUUCUGCCAACUUGUUCUGGGUCCAGCAGGGUCUGGCAAGUCUACGUACUGUGCAGCCAUGCAGAAACAUGCAGAGACCCUUAACAGAGUCACACAUGUAGUCAAUCUUGACCCUGCAGCUGAAGCAUUCUCUUACCAGCCACUUGUGGAUGUCCGAGACCUGAUUCAGGUCGAUGAUGUGAUGCAGGCUGAAGACCUGGACUUUGGCCCAAAUGGUGGACUAGUGUUUUGUAUGGAGUACCUUAUGGAGCCAGAUGGACUGGAUUGGUUAAAGGAGCAACUUGGAGACUAUGAUGAUGACCAUAUUUUGUUUGACUGCCCUGGCCAGAUAGAACUGUACACUCACAUGGAUGUCAUGAAGAGAUUGGUACAUCAUCUUCAGGCUAUGGAUUUCAGAGUAUGUGCUGUGUUUGUGCUUGACUCUGUGUAUAUGGUUGAUGCUGGGAAGUUCCUCUCAGGGUCAUUAGCAGCCUUGUCUACUAUGGUGCAACUGGAGGUACCACACAUUAAUGUGUUGACAAAAAUGGAUUUAUUGAACAAAUCUGCACGAAAUCAGCUAGAGAUGUUUUUAGAGCCAGAAAUCCAUGAGCUGCUUGCAUCUGAACACAACGUUUCCAGAUUUAACAAGAAGUAUCAUAAAUUAACUAAUGAACUGGGAAAAGUUCUCGAGGACUUCUCUCUGGUCCGCUACGUGCCCCUGAACAUCAACAGCGAAGAAUCCCUCACAGAUUUGCUUAUCCAGACAGACUUCGCGCUACAGUAUGGGGAAGAUGAAGAUGUUAAGACCCGAGACUUUGAAUACCCAGAUGCUGAUGAUGAAGAGCGAGACCCUGUCUUCUGUGGUUAAAAUCAAGUACAGUACUAGAUAGUUUUUCAUACACAAAUGUGACUUUUAAUGUGCUUAACUUCAUAGUACCUGGAUUUGCAUAAUUGUCAUAAGAGAAGCAUAAAAGACUAGAGGAGCAAAUACAGUAAUUUAAUGUGGACCAGUGAGAUGUAUUUGUAUUGAUUUCACUCCACUUUACUUUCACCUUAUUACCGACUCUUUCUUGUGUGGGAGGUCGCUAGUUUACUGUGCUGUGUGAAGUUAUUAAUGGUAAUAAACAAGCUAUAAAUUAA